AUGGUUCGAGGUCUACGACAGAGAUCGACCUAUGAACUUUUGGCCGCCAACGGCACACCAAUUUUUACUUAUGAAACGGAAAACAUGACGCUGAAUUUCGGGUUGAGACAGGCGUUCGCAUGGAGAUUUGUGAUCGCGGAUGUUUCAAGACCAAUAAUCGGCGCCGAUUUUCUUGCGCAUUAUGGCCUACUUGUGGAUUUGCGCAAUUCUCGCCUCGUCGACCAGCUGACGAGCUUAACCACACGUGGGCGUUGUGUCCAAUGCGACGUGCCCCAGGUAAAAACAAUCACGGGGAAGACACCAUAUCACCGGUUGUUGAAAGAAUACGCGGACAUAACGAAGCCGGGAGGACAAAUAAAAAAAACCGCGAAGAAGAAGUUCCGACGAAUGGUAAAAGCCGGAAUCGCGCGACCUUCCAAGAGCAGUUGGUCGGCGCCUUUACAUAUGGUGCCGAAAAAGGGCGAAGAGUGGCGACCUUGCGGCGAUUAUAGAGCGCUGAACGCGAGAACGAUCCCGGAUCGAUAUCCUGUGCGUCAUAUACAGGACUUUGCACAGGCUCUCGGAGGAAAAGAAAUAUUUACGACAAUAGAUCUGGUGCGGGCGUAUCACCAGAUUCCAGUGGCGGAGGAGCACAUCCCGAAGACGGCGAUCACCACACCGUUUGGCAUAUACGAAUUUCCGUACAUGUCAUUUGGAUUGAGAAACGCGGCGCAGACGUUCCAGCGAUUCAUUGACGAGGUUUUACGCGGCUUAGUUUUGCUACGCGUACGUCGACGACAUCCUGGUCGCAUCGGCAUCGGAGGAAAAGCAUCGAGAUUAUCUGAGAACAGUGUUCAAGCGUCUACGAGAAUACGGGGUGACUAUCAACCCCGCGAAGUGCGUGUUCGGGCAGGGGAAGGUGGAGUUCCUCGGAUACGAGGUUUCCGACGGGGGACGCGACCGCUGCCGGCGCGUGUGGAGAGCCAGGAACGGCAAAGGAGCUGCGAAGAUACUUAG